UAAUAAUUAACAAUUGAAGAGAUUACUAUUAUAGUAUCAAUGGAAUACAAUAAAACUUAACAAUAAAGCGAUGGUAGCGUCAUCUGAACACGUCUGUUUUCUCAAUAAGAAAAUGAAAUAUCGAAAAUUUAAUGUUAGUCGUAUGUAUGUUAAAUUUCGUCUUGAUUAUUACAACGAAAUGAAAGUUACUUUUAACUCUAUUGUAGAUACACAUAGCUGAACAAGAGUUUGGAACAGCGUUGAUUUGAUUUUAAAUUCUUUAUGUUUUGACCUGCAUAGCAAUGGCGGAUUGUAUGUUUAUCACAUAUUUCAUAUUGUCAUUAGCGUUUAAACUAUGUUUAGGGGAGAAAGAAAAGUUUACUUUGUUAGAACAUGAUAUUUCUCUUGAAAGUGAAGAACCACAGAAAUCUGUAGAUAUUGCAGAUUCAAAUGAUAGUAUUGGGGGGCAUCAACGUUUUAAAUGUCAUAUUUGUGAGGGACCAGACUGUUUGUAUUCAGAAGUCUGCUAUAAUGCUGUUACUUGUUGGAAAUCUAGAGUAAGACAAUCAGAUGGAACAGAAAGUUUAAGUAGAGGAUGCACUACCUCGGUAGAUCAAAUGUUAUUAAUAUGUAAUAAGCAGUUACCAUCAAAAGUCAAUCAAAAUGUUAGCAGCAGAAAAAGGCACGUGAGUAGUUCUACGGGUGAACUACAAUAUUAUGUUGAAUGCUGUCAAACAGACUUUUGUAAUGAUGGACCAUUUCCCAUAUUAAAUAACUUUAAUGGGGAUGUUGAAGAAAAUUAUGCAAUUAAAUUGACAUUAGCCAUUUUGGGUCCAAUGGUUGGAUUCUGUAUUAUUACUGGGAUACUGUUGUUUUACUUAUUGGUAUGCAGGACUCGUAGAAAAAGAACUUUGGCUGCAGGACGUAAUAAGCUUGUUAUAGAUUCUGAAAUGGAACCAUCCAUUUUACAUUUCUCAUUUUCGUCUCCAACAUCUACGGCUAUGAAUCAUUCUCAUGAGUUAAGAGCAACUGCAGCUGGUGAUAGUACAUUGAAGGAAUAUUUAGAUGGAAGAAGUUUAACGAGUGGAUCAGGUUCAGGUUUGCCAUUAUUAGUGCAAAGAACUUUAGCUAAACAAGUAACAUUAGUAGAGUGUCUUGGUAGUGGUAGCAAUGGUGGAUUUGGUGGAGAAGUUUGGAGGGGAAUAUGGCACGGUGAAAAUGUUGCCGUGAAAAUCUAUUUUUCACGGGACGAAGCUGCUUGGGCUCGCGAAACGGAAGUUUAUUCUCAGUUGUUACCAUCAAGACAUGAUAAUAUUCUUGGGUACGUUGGAAGUGAUAUGACAAGUAGAGCAAGUUGCACUCAACUCUGGCUAGUCACUCAUUAUCAUCCGAUGGGAUCGCUUUUCGAUUAUUUGAAUCGAUCGAGACAUUCUUUGACGCAUCAUCAAACGUUCAACAUCUGUUUGAGUAUUGUCAAUGGUUUACUGUAUUUGCAUACAGAAAUUCAUGGUACUAGAGGAAAACCAGCUAUGGCACACCGUAAUCUCAAAUCUAAAAAUAUUCUUGUUAAAACUAACGGCAGUUGUGUAAUAGCUGAUUUUGCGUUAGCAGUAACGCAAGAUCGUCUAUCCACAGAUAGAAUUGAUUUGAAACAAGGCACGAAACGAUACAUGAGUCCAGAAAUUCUUGAACAAACUAUAAACACGGAGUGCUUGGAGAAUUUUAGACGAGCAGAUAUUUACAGCUUAGGAUUGAUACUGUGGGAAGUUUGUCGAAGAUGUAUAAGCAAUGGUGUCGGACUAGAAUACGUUGCGCCAUAUUCAGAGUGGCUUUCUAAUAACCAAGAACCUUCUUUCGAAGAAAUGAGGAAAUUAGUGUGUUUGGAUCAGCAUAGACCACCACUUCCUAAUAGAUGGCAUUCUGAUUCAACACUGGCUAGCUUGGGAAAAUUAAUGAAAGAAUGUUGGCAUGGGAAAGCUGCAGCGCGUCUACCUAUUCUUAGAGUUAAGAAAACACUUAUUAAACUAGCAGCUAGUGACAUGCGUGUUCAUUUAUCUCUUGAUUAAAUGUAUGAACCUAACUUGUUGUUUUCACAAUGUAGAUUACUUUUUUAUAUAUGUACACAGGGUAUCCAAAAAGUAGUCUAAGUUGUGAGGACCACAAGUUUUCUACGUUAAAAGAAAUCGAAAGGUUCUUUACCGUUUUGCAAUGAAUAUUAAACUGAUAAUAUCAGUGCGUCUUCUGACUCCUAUGAAGCUAAUCCUAAUACUAGUGAAAUGUCGGGAAUAUUUUCCUCUUGGACACGGCUUGACUCGCGAGCCCAAUUUAAUUAUACUUCGAUGACAAAGUUGCAACUUAUUAAGUGGAAAAGAACUGUUUGAUUUCGUUUAGCGUCUAAAAUUUAUAAUUUUCAUAGUGUACAUUACUUUUACAUCUUGUAUAAACAUCAUGUACAAGGUUUUCAGCUUAAUUGUCUUCAUGAUUUUUAACACAUUUUUGAUAACUUGGAAGAAACAUGUUUAUAUAAAAUCCAAGUUAUUACAAA